UAAAGUCGCUUCAUUAAGACCGUUCAUACCACCAAAAGCCAUUUGUAUAGAAAAUUCAAGAAAUUCAGUUGUUCAAACGUUUGGAACAACUUCAUUACCAUGUGGAGUAGAAGAAUAAAAAGGUGUUUGAGAUGAAUGUGCUAUCAUUGAUCCAUAAUUUGAAGGAUAGUUUGGAACAACUGUUGACAUGAAGAAAUUUGGUUGAUAACUACAAUUUGGUAAAUAUUGAGGAUGGCUAGAAGAUUGAUUCUGAAAUUGAUAAUUAUUGGGAUUUGGAUAGUUAAAAGAGUAAUUAUUAGAAUAUUGGGCGUUAAAAAAUUAUUAUUAGAUUCAUUUUACUUGAAAAAGAAGAAAAAUAUUAUAGCAAGAGUUUUUUUGUAGAUUAAUAGGAAAAUUAUAGUAGAAAGAGAUGAGUUUUUUUUCCGAUGUCCAAAUCAAAUGAAACAAGUCUCUAUGUACAGAGUAUGAAAAAUGAAAAAUUUUGAUGUAAAAAUAUUGUUUUUAAAUAAAAAUUUAAAAGAUAAUUGAUCUGCAAUAAUUGAGAAAAUAAAACAAGUCAGAAAUUUCACUUACCAAUGUUUUAGUGACAAGUGAUUUUUUUUUUUUGAGGGGGGGGGGGUCUAUUUUGCCUCAUCUUCAACGAUUCAACAAUCUUGAAUUUUUCCAACUAUGUUGAAUAUACGUUAGAUUCAAUUUUUUUUUCAAUACCCUAUUGCACAUUUUCAGCUAUUGAAUCAAAAAAAUUCAAUAGGCUAUUGUAAGUAGUUUUGGAGGAAGUGGAUCCGUAGAAGUUAGAGAUUAAAGGAAAGUUAAAAUCAUAAUAGGUAUAAAAGAAAAAAAGGAAUACUCCUUCUGUUUAUGAAUAAGUGUCACUUUAACACUUUUCAUACAUACUAAGAAAUUAAUGGAAAUAUAUGUAAGUUGUCAGUGAUUACAUCUUUCUGACCAAUACUAUUUGUAAUAAAUAAAAUUAUUUAUAAAAUCAAUGCAGUUUGCAGUUAAUUUUCAGCUAAAAUUAAGUACAAUUUGCAUUGAAAUUAUAAAGUGACAUUUUUUGUGUAACAAAAAAAAAACUAAAAUGAUAUUUAUUAUGAAACAGAUGGAGUAUUAGUUAAUAUAUUUAAAAAAGGUCUGGUGGCAAUAAAUGUAAUAUUCCAAAGUAUAUUGAAGGUAAAAGAUAGGGAUGAUUUUGAAUUAAUAACAUUGAUCUAAACUUUAGUUUUCACCGAACACAUAACCAAGAUUAACUUAGAGUAGUAAUUGAUAGAAUCGAAACAUUAUAACGAAUAAUGAAACUUUUAAAAUAAAUUACUUUUGUGAGAGCAGUUAGAUUCGACCUUUUCAAAUAUAAAUAGUUAUAAUCAAGUUUUCACCGAACGAAAAUAUUCUAGAGCUCUCUUUAUAUUGUACCUACCAUAAUGGCUACAAUUAACUAACUAAAUAAAAAGUAUGUAAUUAGCCCCCCAUAGAAUAAAAAGUAAAUGUUACCAAAUAAAUGGGGGUUGGACCUAGGAAUUAGGACCAAUGAAAUAAGAGUAUGAUUAAUAGAGGUUAAUAGGGCGGGGUUUUGAACUGAAUAUAAAUAAAUUACGGCCGAGGAUUAUUAAAGAGCAGGAGGCGGGGAAGGAAGGAAGAAAGUGAGAGAGAGAGAGAGAAUGGGUGGACGUUGGAGGAGAAAGAAGAAGCAGGAGCUGUUGGUUGUUGGUAGUGAGUAUCGUGAGCGGAGACGUUCAUAUUGGCUUUGGGCGAAGAAGAUAAAGUCUGAGGAGGAGAUUAUCCGAAAAAGAAAAGAUGCCGAGACGGCUGAGCUUUGGCGUAAAGUGCGGGAAACAGAUGGGUUCGAUAUGGGUGAACUGAGGGAUCAUCGUGAUUGGGGAAUGCAUGAGUUCUCUGGAGGGAAAGAUUGUCUCCUUGUAGUGCAGCUUUAUGCAAAGGUCGGCCUUCACCGCUACAAUGUUUUAGAGGGGACCAAUCUGCAGCUUCACGAAAUAGAGAAAUACAAUAGAGAGGGUACGUACAUGCCUGCCCGUUAUUAUAUAACUUUGCUUGCAGCAGAGGAGGAUCCAUCAGCUACACCCGCGUCCCUUGUUACUUUCCAGACUGAGCUUUACGAAAGAAAGUGCUGCACUCUGAAUCUCACUUGCCUUAUCGCCAGACUUAAAGGGACUAAGUCUACAGGAAAUAUGGGUCGUCAUUUCCGCGACGAUAGGGACUUGCCUGAGUGGCCUGAUGAUAAAUGUAGUAGUCGAUUUUUAUAUGAGGUGAUGGAAUCUGAGUGGGAAGAAAACGACUGGAUUGGUCUAUACUUGCAAGUUGCUAUCGUUACCACGGAUAGGCGAGAUUACACAUAUAAACCCAACCUGUCCGGUUUGAAGAUUUUGAACGUGGUGGUAGAAACUGAGGAAAAUCUGCCCAAAGAGACUCUACUCAAGUGUUUUCCAAGUGUCGUAGUCUACAUAAGUUAUGAUCAGGACCUGGGAGGUGAUAAUGGGGUAUGCAAACGUAGAGCCAUCGUUCGAAGAACUGUGGAUUUGAUAUCUAAAUGCUUUUGUCUCGUUGGCGACACUCUACCGCUUCCCUAAGUUUACAACAUGCUAUUUGUUAUGUGUUUUUUUUUUUCCUUCAUAUUUCAACAACCUUUCCUUUUCUGGGCGAUUGCUUA